AUUGGCAACCUGGACCCCAAAAUCACAGAAUACCACCUCCUCAAGCUCCUCCAGAAGUUUGGCAAGGUGAAGCAAUUUGACUUCCUGUUCCACAAGUCGGGUGCUUUGGAAGGCCAGCCCCGAGGGUACUGUUUUGUUAACUUUGAAACUAAGCAGGAAGCAGAACAAGCCAUUCAGUGUCUCAAUGGCAAGCUGGCACUGUCUAAGAAGUUGGUGGUACGAUGGGCCCACGCUCAAGUCAAGAGAUAUGAUCAUAACAAGAAUGAUAAGAUCCUCCCCAUAAGCCUUGAGCCAUCCUCAAGCACGGAACCUACUCAGUCUAACCUCAGUGUCACUGCAAAGAUAAAAGCCAUUGAAGCGAAGCUGAAAAUGAUGGCAGAAAAUCCUGACGCAGAGUAUCCAGCAGCACCUGUUUAUUCCUACUUUAAACCACCAGAUAAGAAAAGGACUACUCCUUACUCUAGAACAGCCUGGAAGUCUCGAAGAUGAUGGUGAAUUACCAGAGCAGCAAAAGCAAAUGGUCUCCAUGUUUGAAGUCCUUCUCCUUUGUACUUUGUAGAUGUGAAUGGUACUGCCAACAGCACAGUCACAUGUUAGGGCUGCUAACAUAACAUGUUUGGUAUUCAUAUGGAUGUGUCUUCCCUGAACUAUGUGUGGAACUGAGCAUCAUCCAGAAUAAAUAGGAAUGUGUCCAAACUGUGAUUUGAACACUGAGCUGCUCUAGUUGGCUGCUUUGUUUGGAUUUGUAACUCCAGAAACACAGUGUGCCAGAGAGAAAAACAAACAUACAAAGUUGUUCUUUAAAUCAGGAAACUAAAUUUAUUAACAUCCACCAAAAACUUUUAACCUUUUUAUGUAUACACAUCUUUUCAACAUAAAAAAUAAGGAUGAGGGCGGGAAGUGAGAGACAUCUUCAGUCAUUUUUAGAACUGUUUGAGAAUUUACUGUGGAAAUCCUUCAGUUGAACUAAAAAGAAUUCUUGGCAAAAAGCAACUGAUCCCUUGAGUGAAUGUUGUAGCAAUCUGUUUAAGAAUUAUGCUUUUUAUUUCCAAAUCUCAAUUAGGAAAAUGUGGUGUAUGUCUUAAAAUUGUUUAUGUCAACAAAGUAUAGAAUCAAAUUUAGCAUUUUAUACCACAGCAGAUAAUCUAUUUGGAAAUCCAGCUUUUAUUCUUUGGCAAUCAUGGUUUUAAGUCUGAGUAACCUUGCCUUCUGUAAUACCAAAUGUUAUUACUAACCUGGAUUUUAAUACACUUAUUACCUGAGACCAUUUUAUAGCAUGAGGUUGUUCCAGUUAGAAUCAAAUCAUGAUCAAUCUAAGUAGAAAAGCAAAAUUUCUUGGAAAACCUAAAGUUUACUAUAUUGGUCACUCUCCAGCAUUACUUUCUAACAGUUCUGUGGGGUUGUGAGAAGUGGCUGAGUGACCUUAUGCAGCUAAGGAGGGCAGUGCAGUAAGCACUAGGAGUCAGCAGCCAGUGCUUGGGCACUAAGACCAUAAUAACAGCCACAUAUUUUAUGUCAUUUUGGAAGACUACACGGCUUAAAGAUGAGCCUUAUUCUGACAGCAUGCUUCCCCCAGAUAUCUUUGUCUCUUUGGACAUAUUGAAUAUGAUAGUAUAGAGACAUACAUAAACAGAGAGCCUUGGGUAUGUGUUUCUUCAGCUCAGUGUCGAUCAUUUUGGUGCCAUACCUGACAGACUGUACAAUUAGCAGCACCAUUCUUCACUGGGUAAAUCACUGUCACUCACCACAGGUGCCACCCCAUGAUGACUUGGAUUGUAGAAACUCAAGUCACCCUGAGGUUAAGACACUUGACUUGACCUCUGAGGUUUUAGAGUCCACAGAUCUGCUCCAGAGGAAUUCUUACCAAUUUUCCCAAGGCUGGUCUUUUUAGCUAUCUUUAGAUAUCGGAUACUUCCUGAAUUUAUUAGUUGUGUGCAUCUAUGAUGCAAGAAACUCUCCUCCACCCAUCCAGGAAAGUGGGAACACUGGCUCCCAUUUGUCUGGUGAUUUCUUAGUAUAGUAUUCACCGUUUCAUCCUUAGGUUCUCAAAGGGUUGUGGUGGAAUAGAACUUGAAGCCAAUAGCCUUCUAUUUUUAAUAGGAACCUAGAAAAUACUUAGGAUUAUCUAGAGUUGUUUCUUUAGAAACUAGAACUAUUUAUUUGUAUUUAAACAAUGUCUGUGAUUUGUACCAAUUCUCACCCCUCUAUGUGAAUAAACGCAAGACAGUAUCUA